CUGUGAAUACGGGUGCUGGUCUCUAGUCUUCUUGGUUGGCAAUAACUUGUUGGUUGAUAUUAUAUAUUCUACAUUUAAUCGUGACGACGAAACUACGAAUUGCUGAUUAUAUUUUUAUUGAACAAUUUACGUGUUAUAAUAAACAUUGCAAUAAUGAGUUUGCCACAGUGCAAGAAAGUGAAGAUAACAAGCUCAUUGGAACAGCUGAAAGCUUUGACUAUCGUUGUCGCUGAUACCGGUGAUUUUCAGGCGAUGGAACAAUUUAAGCCCAUAGAUGCGACGACAAAUCCAUCCUUAAUUCUUGCUGCUGCAGGUCAAAAAAAAUAUGCCCAUUUACUAGAUAAAGCUGUUCAAUAUGGCAAAAAAGUUGGCAGUAAUCUUGAAGAGAAAACAGAAGCAGCAAUCGAUAUGACAUGUGUUUUAUUUGGUCAAGAAAUAUUAAAUAUUAUUCCUGGAAGAGUUUCAACUGAAGUUGAUGCUCGAUUGUCUUUUGACAAAGAAAGAAGUAUUGAAAAGGCUAAGAAAUUGAUUUCUCUUUACGAAGAAGCUGGAAUUAACAAAGAGCGAAUUCUUAUAAAGCUUGCUUCAACUUGGGAAGGAAUUCAAGCUGCCAAAGAACUAGAAGAAAAUUAUGGAAUACACUGUAAUUUGACUCUUUUGUUUUCAUUUGCUCAAGCUGUUGCUUGUGCUGAAGCAGGCGUAACUUUGAUUUCUCCAUUUGUUGGACGCAUUCUUGACUGGUACGUUUCUAAUACUGACAAGAAAUCAUUUGAAGCCGCUGACGAUCCAGGAGUUAUGUCAGUAACGAAAAUUUAUAAUUACUAUAAAAAAUUUAACUACAAAACGGUUGUAAUGGGUGCAUCAUUUCGUAAUAUCGGUGAAAUUCAUGAACUUGCCGGUUGUGAUUUGCUUACAAUCAGUCCAAAACUUCUCGAGGAACUAGAAAAGUCAACUAGUCUUGUAAAAAAAGUUUUGAAUAAAGAGGCCGCCGAGAAGUGUGAUCUUGAAAAAAUAAAUCUCAAUGAAGCUGAGUUCAGAUGGCUUUUAAAUGAAGAUAUAAUGGCAACAGAUAAACUCAGCGAUGGAAUACGUAAAUUUGCUGUUGACAUGCGUAAACUUGAAGAAUUGUUGAAAGAAAAAAUUCAAUCUUAACUUCCAUUUUCUAUAAGCCCAAUCGAAAAAAAUAUCGUAUUGAUUGGUUAUUUUUUUGUCUUCAAUUUGUUUCUCUUUAAUACUUUUUUUUACAACAUUUUUAUGGAAUAUUUACACUCGUUAACUGAUUUAUAAAAAUGAAAGAACUAGGUACUUCGUUUUAAAAAAAAAAUAAUAUUGAAUAUUCACAAUAAAAACCACAUUGAAUUAA